AUGGAAGACACAAAUCGAGGUAUUCCAACCCACUGUCGAUGUGGCUCACCCGUUUCACGGCACACCUCCAAAACCAAAACGAAUCCAGGACGCCUCUUUCACAGUUGUCCUUAUGGCGAUGAGCACAACCCCGGGCACCUGUUCAAAUGGACCGAUCUUUCCAUUCUCGAGGAAAUUGAGGAUAUAAAGGCAGAUCUUGAGGAUGUUAAAAUAACAACGCUCGCCAAUGACAAGUGUCAAGAAGUUUCAGAAUCUAAGCUUCAAAGUCUUUCGCUACAAACACGUACUUGCUGUACUCUCAUUCAAAAGUACCAGACCGAGCUCAAUUUUCUUGAGCAGGACAUAAAACGUCUCAAGGGUGACCUUAAGUGCUUGAAGAACAUCUCAUUUUGUGCUGUGUUAACUGUUAUCAUGUACAAGUGUUUUAUGUAA